GCCAAAGGCAGCGGCAGAAGCAGCAGUCUCCAAGAAGUUUUUGAUAUAGUUCCGACAUUUACUAGUUUAUUUGAUGGCUUUUCCCACCACAAGUGCCCAGCAAGCCGAGACGAACCGCAAGAUACUCGAGGAGAUCCAGACGAAGAAGCAGUUGCUCGCGGGCGGGAUCAUAAACCUUGGCCUGAGUCCGCCGAACCAGAUGCCCGCACCCCAGUUGCUGGGACAGCCGACGACAGUGAAUCCAGACUUCCAGGCGGGCGUGGGCAUUGCCACUAAUGCCACAUCCACCGCCCGCUCUGCAUUUAAUCCAACGAGCUCUACGACUUUGGGCUUCUUUAUACCUCAGGAUUCGUAUUUUGGAAAUAGCUUUAUACCCGUGCUGCCUCGCCUGGAGCCGCUGCCGUCGCCUGCGACCACGCCCACCACCCCAAACGCACCGCCCAGCCACAGUAUCAGCAAAUAGCCGGAUCCGCAAUGGC